AUGAAGCUCUCUCUCACCUUGGCUGGGGCCUCCAUGCUCCUUGGCCGCGCCUUGGCUGAUCUGCCCGCGAUCGAGACCAAGGGUUCCAAAUUCUUCUACUCCAACAACGGCACUGAAUUCUUCAUCCGUGGUGUCGCCUAUCAGCAGAACUACAACACCAACGGCUCCAGCUCCGGCAAUGACUACACCGACCCUCUUGCUGAUGUCUCGGCUUGCAAGCGUGACAUCGAGUACCUGAAGGAGCUCCGCACCAAUGUCAUCCGAACCUACGCCGUGGACCCCACCAAGAACCACGACGAGUGUAUGAAGGCGCUGGACGAUGCUGGCAUCUACCUCAUCACUGACCUGUCUUCUCCGUCCGAGUCCAUUGUCCGGAACGACCCUACCUGGAACACCGACUUGUACCGCCGCUACACCAGUGUCAUUGAUGCCUUCGCCAACUACACCAACGUCAUUGGUUUCUUUGCUGGAAACGAGGUCGCCAACCAGAAGAACAACACCAACUCCAUUGCCUACGUCAAGGCCGCCGUUCGUGACACCAAGAAGUACAUCAAGAGCCAGAACUACCGUAACUCUCUCGCCGUCGGUUACGCCACCGACGAUGAUGCCACCAUCCGUGACGACUUGGCCAGCUACCUUGCUUGCGGUGACGAUGACUCCAUGAUCGACAUGUUCGGUUACAACAUCUACGAAUGGUGCGGUGACUCUUCCUUCAAGAAGUCUGGAUACAGCGCCCGUACCGAGGAGUUCAAGAACUACCCCGUCCCCGCUUUCUUCUCCGAGUACGGCUGCAACACGCCCAGCCCCCGUGUCUUCUCCGACGUUCCCGUGCUCUUCGGUGACCAGAUGGAUAGCGUCUGGAGCGGUGGUAUCGUCUACAUGUACUUCCAGGAGGAGAACGACUACGGUCUGGUCUCUGUUGACGGCGACAAGGUCAGCACCCUGAAGGACUUCAGCAACCUCUCGUCCCAGAUGCAGAAGGCCACCCCCACCGGUGUCAACAGCGCCAGCUACACCGCUACCCCCUCCUCUCCCGCUUGCCCCUCGGUUGGUGCCGACUGGGGAUCCAGCAAGGAGCUGCCCCCUAGCCCCAACGAGGAGCUCUGCGAGUGUAUGGUCAAGUCUCUGUCCUGCGCCGUGAAGAGCGACGUCUCUGCCAAGGAGAUUGGCAAGCUGUUCGGCACCAUCUACGAGUUGGGCCAGAAGUCCGGCCCGAAGAGCUUCCCCGGCAUUGAGAGCAACACGACCAGUGGUGAAUACGGUGCUUACAGCAUGUGCAACUCUUCUCAGCGUCUCUCCUUCGCCAUGAACGCCUACUACCAGAAGCAGGGCAAGGCCGACACUGCCUGUGACUUUGACGGCAAUGCCGAGACCAAGUCUGCCUCUUCUUCCUCUGGCGAUUGCUCCAGCUUGCUCAAGGAGGCUGGUGGCACUGCCGGUACCGGCACCGUCACCUCUUCCCCCACCGGCACUAGCGGCAGCAGCCAGUCCACUGGAAGCGCCUCUGGCUCUGAGGGUGCUGCCGGUGCCCCCGUCUCCCCUGCCGCCGUCAAGGUUGGCACCUGGCAAUUCGGUGCUUACUUUGUCAGCGCCUUGGUUGCCGGUGCUGGUAUGAUCAUGCUGUAA